UCCGUGGAGUUUCUAGUUUCUAUUUGUACCUCUCAAAUUGUAGGUCCAGACCAUGAAAAUACAAUAGAAUACUACGAAGUGGUCAAACCAAGCACGCCUUUGUGUAAUCAAAUCCAAUUCCUCCUCCUUCCCAGGGCAAAAAAUGCUCUCGCGCUCGCACUUCUCUUUUUAGCAAGUUCGCUGUGCUUUUCAAUCCGAUUUCUCCUCAUUUCAUUUCUGUGUAACAGAAUGCGGCUGCUGGUGAGUGAAGAUACUACUACCCCAAGCUAUUGGUUUAAUUGGCGAUUCUUGCUAUGUGCAAUAUGGGUCUUGGCAUCUAUGUUCAUUGCGUCAUUUCUGAUACGAAAAUAUGAACAUUCAGACAAUUCUGAAUCUGAAAGAGGGGAUACACAGCAGGAGAGACCGCGGAUUUUGCAUUAUGGUGAAGCUUGGAAGCCAUGUCUAAAAGAAAUCCACCCAGUUUAUUUGGUGGUUUAUCGAGUGACAGCAUUCUGUCUGCUUUUAGUUGCCCUCAGUUUUGAUGUUGCCGCUCAUGGUGGUGAAUUAUUUUUAUACUAUACGCAGUGGACUUUUACUUUAGUCACCAUCUAUUUUGGGUUUGGUUUGUUGCUUUCUAUCAACGGAUGUUUACAGCGUCACAAAACAAAUAGCUGCAGCGACUACCUUGUAUCAGAGGUUGUGGAGCAAGGGUUAUAUGUGCCUCUUGCCCGUGGAGUAAAUGAAACUGGAGUCAAAUUACCUAAUAGAUUGGAAUGUCCAGGAGAACAACAUUGUUCGCAAAUUGCUGGCUUGUGCGGAUACCUGUUUCAAAUUUUGUUCCAGAUGACUGCGGGGGCGGUAUCUAUUACUGAUAUUCUUUAUUGGACUCUAAUAUUCCCCUUUCUUCACAUCAAAGAUUAUGAGCUGAAUUUUUUGACGGUUGUAGCACAUUCACUUAAUGCUAUCUUACUCCUAGGGGAUACAGCUUUAAACAGCUUGGGGUUCCCUUGGUACCGAAUCUCUUUCUUUGUUUGGUUGACGGCUAUUUAUGUCAUCUUCCAAUGGAUUCUUCAUGCAUGUGAAUCAAUUUGGUGGCCGUACCCAAUCCUUGACUUGUCAUUUGAAUAUGCUCCUUUUUGGUAUUUGCUGGUGGCGCUAAUGCAUAUCCCAUGUUAUGCAAUCUUUGUAUUGCUGGUAAAGAUAAAACAUCUGGUGUUGUCCAAAUGGUUCCCUCAGUCAUAUCAAUUUUGCCCGUGAUCCAAUAUCAAGUGCUUCUUAUGAUCUACCAGUGAAAGAGCUAUUCAAAAAGUUGCCGUAUCAUUGGAAAGGUUCCCUGAGAUGUGUAUCAAUUUUCUUUGUGGUAAUUCUUGUUAUAAUUGGAAAAGAUAGGUGAUUUAUUUGCCAAAAUGGAAACCAUUUCUUUUCAGAUGUAUGCUCGGCACAGAAAAUAUGGAGAUAUUAACUUUUUUCUUGCAAGAAAGAGGUGACCUUAAUUAGAUUUA